AUGGAUUCAUCUGCUCGUACAGAGGAUCGAGAGCAGUUAGAAGCCGAAAUACGCAAAGCACAUGUUAUUUGCAUUGUGUAUGCUAUCGAUGAACCGAAUUCGUUCAACAGACUGUCACUCUACUGGCUACCUUACAUCAGAUCACUAGGCGUUAAUGUACCAGCUGUAUUAGUUGGAAAUAAAAUUGAUCUACGUGGAAAUGAUGUGGCCAAUCAAAGUCUAGAGGAUGAAGUGAUACCUAUAAUGAACGAGUUCAAAGAAGUUGAGACAUGCGUAGAAUGUUCAGCUAAACAAUUACUUAAUGUCUCCGAAGUAUUCUAUUUCGCACAGAAGGCUGUUUUACAUCCUACUGCCCCAUUAUAUGAUUCAAGGGAGCACGUAUUGAAACCACAAUGCGUGGAGGCCUUAAAGCGUAUAUUUAAAUUAUGCGACGCGGAUAAAGAUAACGCAUUGAACGAUAAAGAAUUGAAUGAAUUCCAGAGAAAAUGUUUCAAUGCGCCUUUACAACCGCAGGAGCUGGACGGUGUAAAAGAUGUAGUGAGAGAACAUGAACCAGCAGGCGUGAGCGAAGAAGGCUUAACAGAGAUUGGUUUUAUCUUCUUGCAUUCACUAUUUAUACAAAGAGGACGUCUUGAGACGACGUGGACUGUAUUACGAAAAUUUGGCUAUGGAGAUGAUUUAUCACUCAGAGAAGACUUCUUAUUGCCAGUGUUUGAAGUUCCAUCAGAAUGUUCAGUGGAAUUAAGCCCUUAUGGUUAUCAAUUUUUUGCUGAAUUGUUCCAAACUUUCGAUAAGGAUAAAGAUGGUGCACUAAACGAAAUAGAAUUGGACUCUCUUUUCAGCACUUCACCGGAAAAUCCUUGGACCAGUACUGGCUUCCCACACACGACUAUUACUACAGAAACAGGAGCCGUGACAUUGCAGGGUUGGUUAGCUCAGUGGAGCAUGACCACUCUUUUGGAUCAUAAAACGACUUUAAAAUAUUUAGCUUAUCUUGGAUUCGAAGGCGACACUAGAACAGCACUCAAAAUAACAAAACCAAAAAGAAUUGAUCGUAAAAAGGGAAAGAUACAGAGAAACGUAUUUUCCUGUUAUGUCUUUGGUGCACCAGGUUCAGGAAAGACUUCUUUGUUAAAAGCAUUUGUUCAUAAGCCAUUCUCGGAACAUUAUCAACCAACAAAAGAACCUUUUCAGGUUGUAAAUUCUGUUGAAAUGAAAGGAGCAGAGAAAUAUUUGGUGAUGCAAGAAGUCGAACAAAAUCAAGUAGCUGACAUUCUAUCUGAUAAAAAGAAAAUGGAACAAUGCGAUUUAUUAUGCUUUAUCUAUGAUACUAGCGACGCAAACUCCUUUGAAUAUGUGGCUAACUUGAGAGAAAGCUACAGAAUAAGUCACAUUCCUGCUGUAUUGGUUGCUACAAAAUGUGAAUUGGACUUAGUAACUCAACGCUAUGAAGUUCAACCAGAUAUUUAUUGUAGGAAUUUGGGUCUUGCUGUGCCAUUGAGUGUGUCUGUGAAAGAAAAUCAGAUGGCAGAUUUAUAUCAUAUACUGACAGGUGUGGCUAUGAAUCCUGCAAUUGCUACACCUGGUUCAUUAAAAGAGAAGGACAAUAAAUCCUACUGGACUACAAAGAACUAUUUGACUUUAUCGCUAGUGGCAGGUGUGGUAAUUUUGACAGGCUUAGCAGGUUAUAAAUAUUUAAAAUCACAUACAAAUUUUACACAAUCGACUAUAAAUGCUGCCGCUUCUGUGGCGUCAAAAAGAAAAGAACUAUAA